AUGAGCAAGGACAAGGGGGCUUACCACAAACUCGAUUCGAUGGAGAUGGACAAGAACACGUCGCCCUCGGCGCCGUACAUCAACGCCUGGGAUGUUGUCGAAGAUGACGGUCGUGACGAUUCGAGGCUGCUCAUCUCGAAAUCGGACAAGAAGGGGGUGGCCACGUCAUCUUCGGCGUCGGGGUUGAGGGAGGGCGCCGAGUGCCGCUUCUGCCACGAGGGCGAGGGCGUGGGCGGCCACGACCUGGCACCGGACCACCUCAUCGGCCCGUGCCAAUGCCGAGGCAGCGUGAUGUGGGUCCAUCGCGGCUGCCUCGAUCGAUGGCGCGCCGUGAGCACCAACAGCACCUCCUUCUCUCGCUGCGACCUCUGCCAUGCCGACUACCAGAUGGACUACCGGGCCGAGGGCGCCAGCGUCUGCGAGGGUCUCAAGGUGGCGUCGUGGAUCACGCUCGACUUCACCCUCUUCAUCCUGGCCGUCAACGCCGCCGCCGCUCUCUGCAGCCUGCUCGUGUGGGCCGUCGACCGCGACCGACAACGGGACCGCAUCUUUAGCGAGGCCAUGCAUGUGAGCGUGCCGCCGGCGCUGGUGGUGGACUGGCUCUUCGGGUGGCUCGCGUUCUUCUUCGUGCUGGGCGUGCUGGGUCUGUGCUACGCCAUCGGCCGCUGGUGCUGCGGGGUCUCAUGCGACGCCGGCACCUGCUGCUACGGCCCCUCCUACUCGCCCUACUACGGCCACGGCGAUUGCUACUUCUACUGGUGCUUCGUUCCCGACUUUAGCUGCCAUAGCACUGCGCACCACCACUCGUCGGAUUGCGGCUCGUGCGGGAGCUGCGGGGGCUGUGGCAAUUGCAACAUGGACUGCAAGGGCGACGGUGAGGCCCUGCUCAUCAUCCUGGCCGUGGUGGUCAUCCUCCUCAUCCUCCUCGGCUUCUUCAUCGGCAUUGGACUUGCGAUCAUGGUGGGCGUCAAGAUGGUCAAGCGCCGCAUGGACGUCAUUCACAACAAAUAUAAGGCUGGCCAGUGGGUUGUGCUGGACCUCACUGCUUCGCCCUAG